AUGCCUGUUACCACCCCCCCAGAAAGAAUUAUUGCUACAACGGCGUGGAGGAGCCCGUCUCAAGUUGAGGUCGAGAAGCUUCUGCAAUGUUGUAAAAAUGCUGGAUUCUUCUAUCUUGACCUUGAGGGAAAACGGAUAUUGGACGACCAUCAGGAACUGCUUACUCUCAUGCAUCGUUUCUUCGGCUCGCCCCUCGAGCAGAAAAACGAGAUUCUUAGCGACCCGUCCGUGGAACAUGGCUACGAGCCCGUUGGCAAUCAUGCCGGCGUAGUCAAUGGUACAAAAGACGGCUACGAGAUUCUUCAAGUGGCUCCCCGCGAGAUCGAAAAGCGAAACCCCAAGCUCCACUCGAUCCUCGAUAACGAAAAGGACAUCGCAACGCUCUAUAACUUUAUUGCCGACUCCAACUUCAUUACAAAAACUAUACUCUCCUGUCUCUCUACCGCCCUCGGUCGGGAAGGCAUGGCCCGCUUCGAGACCACACACUCCAACGAGAAACCAUCCAAGUCGGCCCUCGCCAUGAUGCGCUACCUACCCGGUGAUCUGAAAUCGAGCAAGAAAAUCGGUCAUCUGAAGCACACGGAUAUCGGAUCACUCACCCUCCUCUUUUCGGAACAAUGGGGCCUUCAAAUCCUUCCCCCUCGCUCUGAUACCUGGGAGUUUGUCGAGCCCAAGAAGGGCUACGCUGUGGUCAACGUUGGAGACUCAUUACAUUUUGCUUCCGAUCAGGAGGAACUGUUCUCCUGUAUUCACCGGGUCGUCCCAGUUGACAAUAAAUCAGAUCGGUACAGUGUCGCCUUCUUCCUCCGCCCAGCCGAUGACGCAGAAUUUGUGGAUCAUCUGGGUCGACGGAUAACGGCUGGGAAGUGGCACGAGGAGAAGUUCAACGUGUUUGAAGCUGAAGAUGCAGAACAGAAGAUGAAUGCCAUUCUGGUCGGGGGGAUGAAAGAUAGAAGUAUGAAAAGGCAAUCAGUGCUCUAG